AUGCUGACUCUUUUGCUUGCUCUUUUAUCUGUUGUUGGGAUUGGAAGGACCAUCAAGCAGCAGCCAGAUGAAACCCUUCAAAGAGCUGGGGAGACUGUGACCAUCAGCUGCUCCCAGAAUAAUUUACAACGCGCCUAUAUGUUCUGGUACCAGCAGCAUCCAAGAAAUGGUCUGAAGUUAAUAGCCAGUACUACUACAUGGAAGCAGGUCUCUAAUGAGGAUGGUUACAGUGAGGCAAAGUUUCAGAUAAGCAGAGACAAUACUGAUUUGUCCAAGAUAACAAUCAAGAAUGUGACAUCCAAGGAUGCAGCCAUGUAUUUCUGUGGUGCGAGUGAUCGCACAGUGCAGCAAGGGGAUCAUGGCUUUGACACUCUGCAUACCACCGAGCAUAAACCAGUUGUUGCAUAUGCUCACAUGGAAGGCAUAACAUAUGAAAUACAGCUUAUGAUACAACAUUUUGUCACUGUGAAUAUGGCUAACAUGGUUUUCGGUGAUGGCACGAAACUUACAGUAAUGGAGAAGAACGAGGAAAUCAUACCUCCAGCUGUGGCCAUAUUUUCCCCAUCAAAGCAGGAGAUACAACAGAAGAGCAAGGCCACGCUGGUAUGCCUGGCCUCUGGUUUCUACCCUGACCACCUGACUCUGAUCUGGAUGGUGAAUGGCAUUCAGAGGACAGCAGGGGUGGGGACAGAUGAGUUCUCCACACGGAAUGGCAGUACCUACUCACUGACCAGCAGACUGAGGAUCCCAGCCUGGGAAUGGUUCAACCCCUUGAAUCGUUUUGAGUGUGUUGCCACUUUUUUUCAGAAUGGAGGAUUGGAAUCAAUACAAAAAUUUAUCUAUGGUGAUGCUGGUUGUGCACUCACAGAAGAAAACUAUCAGAGAAGGGUUGCAGAUGGAAAGUUUUUGUACAUUAUGCUCAUUUUCAAGACUAUUUUGUAUGGGAUGUUUGUGAUGGGACUCAUGCUUAGGUCCAAGGAGAGGAACAGAAUUCUACUCU